UGCAGAAGAGGAUCGCGUCAGCCUGUAGUCAGUUUCGUGGGAAGCAGAGUGGAGGUGCAGGAGGCUGCGAUGGCGUGCAGAGUCAGUCUGCAGCAGGACACGGCGGUGGACAGGUGGCUGAGGCGGAAGUGUGACCAGCUUCUUCACGCUUAAGAAACGCGCUUUAACUCACACCUCUCUUUCGCCCCUGCCUUCCUGCCAGUCUUACAGUGCACAAAAGACCUCCAUUAGUGAACAGUUUUCCUUUAGAAUGCUUAGGGAUUGAUGUAGUGGAGCGCAGCAAGACCAGGAGGGGGAUGUGCUGAUUGGAUACCAGCGAGCAACGUCCUUCAUGGGGGAAGAAAAAUCCCUCCACGGCAAGCACCUGUUCGCUGUUAACAAGCUGUGGGGACGUCCUCGAUACUUCAGCAAGUAAUCCAGCAAGGCUGUGUGAGGGGCGGGGCGGCCUAGCAUUCCUGUGUCGAGUCAGUAUGGUCCUGGAGCUGCUGGUGACGUCGCUGGGCUGUGCGGGACAGGAGUGUGGGAGGGAGGAGAAAAAGGCGGCGGUGAUACCCACGGCUGUGCUGCCCACCUCCCUGCUCUCCGUCACGGCCUCCUCCAGGGAUGUCGCUCCCAGGAACUACUCCACCGCCCUGCCCGAUGUAUCCUUCCCCACUUACAUGCAAGGGGUGUACACGGCCUGGUGCCUCCUGCUGCUGCUUGUAGGGCUGGUGGGGAACGUGUUGGUGCCGGUGCUGGUGGUGCGGGACAGGGACCUGCGAGCCGCCUCCACCAGCAUCUUCAUCGCCAACCUUGUAGUGGCGGACCUGUUGGUGCUGGUGGUUUGUCUCCCCGCCCUCCUCUCUGAGCUGUACGCGCCCCCAGCAGUAUGGGUCCUCCCGGCCUCCAUGUGCAAAGUGGUGCCCUACGUGGAAUUCACCGUCGCCCACGCCUCCAUGCUCACCAUCCUGGCCAUCUCUGUAGAGCGUUACCGGGCCAUCUGUCACCCGCUGACUGCCGCUGCCUCCUGCAGUAGGGCCCGUGCUGCCCUGGCGUGCCUGCUGGUGUGGGUCCUCGCCACCUGCAUCACAAGCCCAGUGAUUGCCCUCACAGAGUACUCCUACGUCGAGUACAUCGACCACUCUCUGGUGCCCGUCUGCUACACGCGCGUCGACUCACUCUGGGCUAAGGUGUUCGUAGUGACGUCUAUGGCCGCGCUGUUCUUCCUGCCGCUGGUGGUACUCGUGCUGCUGUACUGGAGGAUUGCGAGGCAGCUGCUCCUGGAUGAUGAGCAGCUAUGUAAGGACAAACCCAACCCACACCUACACGCAAGAAAGCAGGUGGUGGUGAUGCUGGGCACGGUGGUGGUGGUGUUCUUCGUAUGUUUGCUCCCCCACCGCAUCUUCAGCCUGUGGUACAUCUUCAUCACGGAAGAGACCGAGGACUCCAUCAGUGAGGAGGUGUACUUCAACAUGCUCUACGCUUUCCGCAUUCUCGUGUACGUCAACUCCGCCAUCAACCCGGUGCUGUACAACGUCACCUCCUCCAAAUUCAGAGGUGCCUUCUUCAGACUGCUGGGGCUGCAGCGUGGAGACCCACUGCAUCACACACACACAACCACCGCCACGGCACACAACACUACCAUAACGGGAGGCAGCAGCGUGCGCAACAGUCUGAUGAAGUCGUCAUGGCGAGGUCAGAAACUGUUGGUGCAGUGCAGUUACACCUGCAUGUGGCAAGAAGGAGAGUGUCAUCCCCUGGUGGAGCAUCAGUCGCACAGUCCGGCCAUCUGGGGUCACACCAACCUCACCAGCCAACUUACAAGUCCCGCCGCCAGUCCCUUCCUGCCCCGUGACUGUUCCCGGCCCGCCUCCAGACAGAUGGAAAGUUUUGUGUAAAGGAGGCUUGGUGUCACAUUUACCCUCCAUAAUCUGUUCAUUUUAAUGCUUACCAGGAUGUCAGACAGAUGUAAAGUUCCAUGAUAUUAUUAUAUGUUGCUCUCCUGACCUUGAAAUCAAUAAAAGAAAAGCUCACAGGUGAAUAGCGGAUGUUACUCUGGCGUCGCCCUAAGUGUAAUCCAACUCAGUAAUAAACACAUAUG